UGUUCGUCUCAUAACAGCAAUAUCAUCGAUCGCCUUUCGCCUAUCAUAAACCUGUUCCCCUCACUCGGUUAAUUAUACCGAGUCAUCAUGUCCUUCUCCAACCCUCGAAGGACCCCGGUGACUCGUCCGGAUUCAGGUUCCGGCAAUGGCUUAUCUGUUAAGACGAACCUGACCCUGCAGAAGGGUGCGACCUUUCACUCUCCUGUUACCCCUCCAACUAGCUCAACUACUGCUACUCCAUUCAGAGUACCUUCGCUACCUCGACGUUCUCAGACCAAUCUCGACGAUGUUGUUGGUGCUCACAUUCGUCGUGCUGCCAUAAACAUCGGCAAGUUCGAGGUGACCCUGUCAGCUACCAAGGCUGAGCCGUUAUCACCAGUAAGCCCCUUGUCGGACGACUGUCUUCCUAUUCCCAGAGGCCUCUUGGACAACACCCUAGUAGGAGACAUAAUGUUCAAGGAGCCGUCUACUUUCGAGCCGGAGCGAAGGACAUUACGUCCUCGCAGCCGUCGCUCUUCUCAUCACCAUGAGUCUGAUAGUGGGUUGGGAACGUCCAUUGCGUCCACGGUCCAGAAACGAAAGGAUACCAAGUCUUCUGGCACCGGCGCUUCAACUAUAACUAGGUGGGCCACGGCGUCUCAAUCUAAGAAUAUUCAGCGUCUUAGCCAACGUGCUAGGAACCGCAUUACUGAGCAUAUCAUAAAACCGCUUUUGGGUGAUAAAUCCUUCAAGGAAUUUCAUCCCAUUGUCUAUGGCUGUCCCAGAAGGAUCCAGGAGGACCAGAUCGUUUGUCUUAGGGACCUCGAGAAGACACUCAUCUUUAUGGCACCGGUGAGUCAACUAAUGAAAGACCUUGGCGUAUGUGGAGUUACUUAUCGUGGGUUGUGCUUGAAGGACCAAACAAAGUCUGUCGAACUGUAUCGCGACUUCUGCCUCACAUCAAUUCGAUGUAUUCAAGCUACUGUCGAAUACCUAAGCGACCGAGAACAAACCCGACCGCACGACCGGCCUUACAACAGCGGCUACUUUAUUGAUCUCGUGGAACAAAUUCGCCUACACGCACAACAGAUGCAAGAGGCCCGUAAGAGGCAGGACGCUGGUGAAGAGUUGGACGAGAUGGAUGUUCACCCAACCGAUGAAGUAAAACUUUUCGGCGGUAUCGCAACCACCGGUCGACCCGUGGAGUUGGUUCGCGUAAAGAAGAACGGCAAGGUGAUCUCCAUAGCUACGGGAAAGCCUAUUGAGGACCUCGAGGAAGAAGUAAUAGGCCCCAUUCGAUUUAAGCGUUCAAUGAGCGAGCAGGCGGAGGACGAAGAAGAAAUCAUGCGAUCCAUGGCUCGCCGAAAGAAGAACGCUACACCUGAGGAGCUUGCUCCUAAAAAGUGCGCCCAUCCGGGUUGCAAUAAGGAGUUCAAGCGACCCUGCGACCUGACGAAGCACGAGAAGACUCAUUCUCGACCUUGGAAGUGCCCUAUUGCUACCUGUAAAUACCACGAUUACGGUUGGCCUACUGAGAAGGAGAUGGACCGCCAUGUCAACGAUAAACAUUCGGCAGCUCCUCCCAUGUUUGAGUGCCAUUUCAAGCCGUGCCCUUACAAGUCGAAACGUGAAUCCAAUUGCAAGCAGCAUAUGGAGAAAGCGCACGGCUGGACAUACGUUAGGACUAAGACCAAUGGCCAGAAGAAAGCAAGCAGCAAAGCGGGCAGCUCGGCCCAACCUACCCCUCUCAUCAAGGGCUUGCCCACCCCGAGCAGCGAGCAGACUGAUCUCGUAAUGACGCCACCUGAGGAUUCUCUGUUUGGUCACUACAACAAUGAGCACGAGUUCCCGACCUAUCCUUCGGACCAAGAAUUUAAUGCUAGCUUAUUUGACCCCCAGCCAUUUGAUGGUGACAUCCAAUUGGAAUAUUCUCCCGUUGACAACAACACACCUUCCAGUGCCGAUUCUGACCAGUUUAACACUUACCAAGACCUGAGCCCCGAGUUUACAGGCCAAUUUGAAGACAUCUACGGUGCACAUGUACGGUUACCAACGCCGUCUGACUCGGUUUACGACAAAGAUAUGGGUGCCUUUACAAGCUUCGUACCAGGUGCUUACCAACAGUUCUCCAUGGCACAGCUCUCCGGUGUAGGCAAUCAUCUCAUGUUGACACCACCAACUAUGGUGGACGAAGCCUUUGUAGACUUUCACCCUACUUGUCAAAACCAGUUUGACGAGGACUUCACCCUAUUCCCGUCUGCCACGAUGGAUAAGUCGAGCGAUUUUCAGGGUCUGUUUGGAAGUACGCCUAGCCUUGCUACCGGUUACAACCAGUCGUCCUCGCAAGACUAUAAUAACAUGGAUUUAUUCCCCAUGGACAUGGAUUGGACAUCAUCCGAUUUCCAAGGCUUUCCCACUAACUAGUUCUUUACAACUAGUAGUGACAACUUGGAGCCUCUAGUUGGAUGUAUAGUGGUUUUUGGUGACUUGUGUGCUUUGCAUACUUUCUUGCCUACCAGAGUUGUGCCAAUUCUGAUGAUGUUACGAUGAUAAAUGAGUGGCGCGUUUUUGGAGCAAAUUUUAGGGAAAGUUGAUUACAGGAUUUGCCCUUUAUGGUUGAAGGUCACGACAUUAUCAGCCGUGAAAAAAUCUAGGGUUCGACAGAGGAGGCUCUUUGCAGUCCGUCGCCCUGUGUACACAUUAUUAUUUUUGCAUUCAGUUUUAGCUUUACUGAUGUCUACUACUAUCGCAUAUUAUUGAUAUGGCAAAUAUGGCAGAAACUAUCUCGGAAACAUAGCUCUCAGACAGUGUUGCAGUUUUUACUACUAGUUGCAGAGUAUGGGAUCAACUGUAUCUCCAAUGAAAUAAAAAAAGAAUACUCAUAUCUACCUGGUACUUGUUUCUUGUCUCAGGUAUUUUUUUUUCAUCUUGGUGGAUAGGACCUCAGUCUAAUCGAACAGGUGAGGGGUCUUAAUAGUCGACAAUGGACCCACUUUCUUUCUUAGUAUGGACCAGUUGAAUUUACUUUUGCAAAGCUUUUAUUUUUUUUCUUCUCUUCUUUCUUCUCUUUUGCA